AUGCCGCAGCUCAGGAAGAUGUACAUCCCCCUCCUAUCCACAGUCUUUCCCGAGCCCCGCAACGGCCCGUUUGCGACUGGCUACGAGGUGCUUCGCCUCCGCACCGGCGAACCCUACGCCGCGCCGACCCCACGCCGCAAGGAUGGCUCGCCUGUCAUGCGCCUGUCCGAGACUGUCGUGGCCGUCUACUACCCCACCAAGCCGACGUGGUGGCGGUUCCGCGGUAACGGCGUCCGCUGGCUGCCAGAGCCCACCGAGGGCAUGUUCACGGGCUAUCGUAUCUUCCUCGGGUGGUUUGUGCCCGUAUCCGCAUUGCUGUGGCUCGUCUGCAAGAUCCUCGUCCGGCCCAAGAUGCCUGUCCACCCCGCGGCGGCGGUCGCCCCGCACAACAAACCAUUCCCGCUCGUCGUCUUCUCUCACGGUCUCUCCGGCACGCGCAACACCUACUCGCAAAUGUGCCAGCGUCUCGUGUCCGAGGGCUACGUGGUUCUUGCCGUUGAGCACGCCGACGGCUCUGGACCAUGCGUCAUCCGCGAUGGCAAGUCGUGGACGUUUACAAAGCUCGACGAGACUGUCUGGCCUGAAAAGGACGACGGCUCGCCUCCAUACGACAGGAUAGACCUGCGUGCUUGCCAGCUCGACUUCCGCGUCCGCGAGGUGUACGAGGCGUAUGCGGCCUUCUGUCGCCUGAUGGCUGGGUCCCAGGCCGACAUGGAGAUUAUCGAGGGCUCACCCGAGGUCGUCGGAGCACUCCGCGGUCGCGUCGACAUUGACAACGUCAAACUCAUGGGCCACUCGUUUGGCGGCGGCACACUCAUGCGCUUGCUCACCACGGUGCCUCCCCACCCGUACACCGCGAUGCCCCUUGAAAAGGCCAUUGUCCUCGACCCGUGGUACGAGCCCGGCGCCAUUGCGCCCACUUUGCCACCCCCCUCGACUCCAGUCCCUCCUACGAUGAUCAUCAACAGCCAGCAGUGGACCGAGCGCGAGGACUUCCCAAUGGCCUGCGAAGAGGCCAAGGGUAUCUCUGCAUCGCUGUGCACCAUUAUGGGAAUGCGUCACAAUGCCUGUUCCGACUUUGGCCUCCUUACCCUCCCCGGCCGCGCGACCAGCUUCCUCGACCAGAUUCACGGCCUCAUUACGGGCCACCUUACCAACAGCCCUCAUGCCUCGCUCCUCGCUCGGCCAGACGGCGGAGAUGUCCAGUUCACGAGGGGCAAGAUGCCUCGUGGUAGCUUCGGCGAGAUCCGCGUCCACUUCUCCGGCAAGACAGAGAGCCCGGUUGAGGGCGAGGCGGGUGAGACAGGCGAGGCCCAUGACGAGUCGACGCCUCUGGUUCAUGCCGCCGCGUAG